AUGGCAUUCAGAAAAGUAGCCAUCGCAGGUGCCACUGGCAAUCUCGGUCCUUCUAUUGUCAACGAGCUCGUAAACCAAGGCUUCGAAGUCACCGUCCUCUCAAGCUCCGGCAACACAUCUGCUCUGCCCUCAGCAGUCAAAGUCAUUAAGGUCGACUACUCGUCUCAAGACUCCGUCGUCUCUGCUCUGCGCGGUCAAGAAGCUUUCAUCUCGACCAUACCCAAACACGACCAGCAACCCGCCCUCAUCGAUGCCGCCAUCGCUGCCGGUGUCCAAAGAUUUAUCCCUUCAGAAUUCGGCAGCAACACCAUCGGCAACGAGAAAGUUCGCGCUCUGCCUGUGUUUGCCGGUAAGGUCAAGACGCAAGAAUAUCUGCGCUCCAAGCAGGAUCAAAUCAGCUACACAUUCUUGAUCACCGGAUUAUUCUUGGACUGGGGUCUCAAUCUUGGCUGGCUCGCUAAUCUCAAGGGCAAGACCGACAUCAACGACAACGGCGAUAGUGUUCACUCAUUCACUCUGCUCACCGACAUUGGCAGAGCCGUCGCCGGCGUCCUCAAGCACCCCGAGGAAACCAAAAACCGUGGUGUCUACGUGCAAACUGCUGCUCUCAGCCAAAACCAAGUCCUCAAGAUUGCGGGAAAGGUCAAGCCUGAGUUUAAGGCCGAAACCGAACAAGUGGACUUGGCAGAGGUGGAGAAGAAUGCUUAUGCAGAAUUGAAGAAGGACGGUGGAAACAUUGGUCUUGCUAUGGUGAGCUUUAUCAAGAUUUCGAUUUUCAAGGAGGGGUAUGGCAAUCUGUGGGAUGAGAAGAAUGAUAAUGAGUUGCUGGGUGUCAAGGGCCUGUCGUCAUCAGAACUCGAGGAUCUAGUCGCGAAGUCAUUCUAA